UUUUUAAUAUUAGCAGUCGAAUCUCUUAGGCCUUGCGCGGUACAGCCCUCGUUUCCUAUCCCAUCGUCUUCCUCUCUUCACCCACGCUUCUAUCUUCUUUAUCGUCUCGUCUGUGGAAGCCCUAAAUUUUCUCAACCUUUCUCGCCCUUUCUUUCGCUUUCUCGGAAAAAUGGCAAAUGCAGCAUCAGGGAUGGCUGUGCAUGAUGAUUGCAAGCUUAGGUUUCUGGAUUUGAAGGCAAAAAGAACCUACCGUUUUAUAGUUUUCAAGAUUGAGGAAAAGCAGAAGCAAGUCGUGGUGGAAAAGCUUGGCGAGCCAUCUCAAAGUUAUGAGGACUUUGCCGCCAGCCUACCUGCUGAUGAAUGCCGAUACGCGGUCUAUGAUUUCGAUUUUGUGACCGAAGAGAAUUGCCAGAAGAGCAGGAUUAUAUUCAUUGCCUGGUCUCCUGAUACAUCAAGAGUGAGAAGCAAGAUGAUUUACGCAAGCUCCAAGGAUAGGUUCAAGAGGGAGUUGGACGGCAUUCAAGUGGAGUUACAAGCAACUGAUCCUACUGAGAUGGGGCUCGAUGUUAUCAGAAGUCGGUCUGGCUUGUAGGAAGAUUUGGCCGGCGGUGUUAAUUACGUGAAAUGUUCAUAGAUUGUGGGCUCGAAACGUGCUUUUAUGCUUAUAUGAUAUUGGCUUGUUCUUGAAAAAUUUCACCCAAGAGUUGUAAGGAUGACUGUUCUUUUGGCUUUCGUGGAUUUAGAUGGUUGGAUAUUUUAUAUGUGGCUGUGGGGUUAUACCGCCGAUUACUUAUGCAGGGUAAAAAUGUCCUUGUGUAGACGUACGUUUUCUGUGGAACUCUUCCAGUUCAUGAAUUUAAGGGUGGGAUGCUUAUUUCAA